GAGCCGGGGUGCCGUUGUUUUCCCCACUGUAAUCCCUCUGAUUAGCUUCCAACUCGUAAGUUGGUCUCAUUGUGGUCUAACUGAGCGUGUUCAUUCCACGUCAUUCAUUAAAAGCAUGAUACAUUUAUUUUGUGGAUAUUCCUUUUUUUACCAACGCAGUCUCGGUGGAGUCUACUUUCAGAUAACCGGUGGGACAUCGUGAUGACUCCACACGUUUGUUGUAUCUUAAUGCUCUGAGCUCCACGGAGGUGACAUCAGGGGAGAAGGGUACAAGUCUCAUCCCAGCUGGAGAGCUCCUUUGGCGGGUUGAAGUGGAGACCAGACCAGUGUGGUGGAAGUCCAGCAUGGAGCUCAGGUGGAUGGCAGCCAGCUGAGGAUACUUACAGCCAAGCAACAACUUCACACCACACAUGUUUGCUCUCCUCCCUCCCAGCUCCAAGGAACAACUACAACAGCAGAAUCACCAGUGAUAGUGGCAUGGCGCCGACCCGACAGUGACAUCCAGAAACCAACAGUCUGAAGCCUGAAGUUCGCUUUCCACAACAGAAGCUUUGGCACUCUGAAGCCUGAAGUUCACUUUCAACAACAGAAGCUUUGGACCUAUUUAGGGUUUUUUUAUGUUUAAAAUCCCUGAAUUGACCAAAAGUGUCUUAAGGCAUGUUGGAGAGAGAGAUGCGAUGGAUCCUAUUGGCAACCACAUACCUUGAGGAAUUUCGUUUUCAUUCUUUUUGUCAGAAGGAUAUAAGCCAUAGCAUGGGACACCCACUCAGACUGAAGUACGCGGAAUAGGAUAUCAUGCGUGACAUGGCACACUCAAUCGACCGAGGUGUAAAAUAUGAGUGUUUUUUUUUUCACUGCCAUGGGCCUUGUUUUUAAUAUAUCCAUAUAGGACUUAUAUAAAUAAUUUAAGACAUUUUAAUUUAGAGUGCCUUAGUCAGAGAAUUGUUUUCUCAUUUUUGAACCUGGAUGCACAAUACCUUGGACUAAAGAGCAAUCAAACCCAAGAAGCCUACAAUUAAUCUGGAUAAGAGCACAGCACGCCAUAUUCCACAAACUCGUUUUUCAGUAGGAAGGAUAUCAGCUGUGGCAUGGGCCACUCGUUGUGCUUGAGGUGUGCUCUCCGGCUGCACUCUGCACCACCUCCUCCUCCACCUCCUCCAGGAGCCCGCUCCCUGCGGAGCAGCAAUGCCGCUGCUGGUGGUGCCUACUGACUCCUCCUCACCCCUCUCCUCCCUCCCUACUCCUCUUCUGUCACCUCCUCCAACCUUCUCCUCCCUCCCUCCUUUUCUUCUUUCAUCUCCUUCUCCACCUCCUCCUCUCCCUCCUCCUCCUCUACCCGUCUCCUCCCUCUCUCCUGGCCCCAGCUCCCUCAGCUCUCCUCCUCUUCUUUCACCUCCUCCUCCUCCUCCUCCUAUCUUCUCCUCCCUCCCUCCUGGCCCCGGCCCAGGUCUUGAUCUUCAUCCUGCUCUCAGUCUCCUGUUACAGGACUCCGCUGCCCUCCUCCACCUCCUUCUCCUCCACCAACAUCUCCUCCUCCUCCUCCUCCUCCUACCACAGCCAUGUCACUGGUCCUUGUGUCCUCUCCACCAACCGAUGGCGGCAGCAGCAUCCUCCUCCUCCCUGGGGGCUCCUCUUCUUCCUCCUCCUCCUCCUCCUCUUCCUCGGCUAUGCUGAACAGUGUCUACAUCUUCCUGGACCUCCUGAUCGCUCUGCUGGCCGUGGCAGGUAACGUGUUGGUGUGCUGGGCUGUGAGCCUCAACAGUAACCUCCAGAGCAUCACCAACUACUUUGUGGUGUCCCUGGCACUGGCGGAUGUGGCCGUGGGACUGCUAGCCAUACCCUUCGCUGUGGCCAUCAGUACUGGGUUCUGUUCUCAUUUCCACGGCUGCCUCUUCAUUGCCUGCUUCGUGCUCGUCCUCACCCAGAGCUCCAUCUUCAGCCUGCUGGCCAUCGCUGUGGACCGAUACAUAGCCAUCAAGAUACCCCUCAGGUACAACAGCCUGGUGACGGGCCGUCGGGCCAAGGGGAUCAUCGCCAUCUGCUGGAUCCUGUCUGCUGUCAUUGGCCUGACUCCCAUGCUGGGCUGGCACAAAGGACGAGAACCAAACGCCACCAUCAGCGACCAAAACACCACCGCCUCCAUCUUCACCUCCACCUUCACCUCCACCAUCACCACCUCCUCCUUGACCAUCACCUCCUCCACCUCCUCCACCCCCUCUCCUCCCGCUCCCGCUGGCCUCCUCCCUGCCUGCCCGGCGGGGCUGACGCGCUGCCUGUUCGAGGACGUGGUGUCCAUGGAGUACAUGGUCUACUUCAACUUCUUCGGCUGCGUGCUGGCGCCCCUGCUGGUCAUGUUGGCCAUCUACACCCGCAUCUUCAUGGCGGCGCGGCGCCAACUGCGCCUCAUGGACCUCAAGCUGUCGGUGCACGCGCCCCGCGCACACAUCCCCCGUCACCACCAGGGGGCGAUGGUUGGUGGCGACGGCUGCUCUAAUCAUCCGUCCUCCUCCUCCUCAGUCUCCUUUUCCACGGUAACACCCACCCCCACCCCGACCCCCACGCCCUCGGCGUCUCGCUCCACGCUCCAGAAGGAGGUGCACGCGGCCAAGUGUCUGGCCAUCAUCGUGGGGCUGUUCGCCGUCUGCUGGCUGCCCGUCCACAUCCUCAACUGCCUGACGCUCUUCUACCCGGACACGGACCCGGCGCGCCGGCCCGCCUGGGUCAUGUACCUGGCCAUCAUCCUGUCGCACGGCAACUCGGUGGUCAACCCUUUCAUCUACGCCUACCGCAUCCGAGAGUUCCGACACACCUUCCGGCGGAUCAUCCGCCAGCACCUGCUGGGCUGGGGGCCGUGGAGGGGUCGGGGAAGGGGCGGAGGUGGAGGAGGAGGAGGGAGACACUUCGGAAGUGGACACUUCGGUGGUGGUGGUGGAGGCGGUACCACCGUCAGCCGGGUCAGUAACACGUCGCCGGCGGUGAGCAUGGUGGAGUCCACGUGCACGUGCGUGGUGAAUGGCUACGCGCUGGAGCCCAGCCCCGGGACCAAGCGAUGGAGCCCCGCACCGUCCCCGUCCCCGAGGGGAGGAAGGGGUGGAGGAGGGGGCUACGCGCUGGAGCCCAGCCCCGGAGCCAAGCGAUGGAGCCCCGCACCGUCACCGUCCCCGUCCCCGGGCCAUGGCGGCCGACAGACAGUGUCUCUAGAGGGGGGAGGGGAAGGAGGAAGAGGGGGAGUAGGGGGCAUGGCCGGACUCAGGCUGCCCUCCCCCUCAUGGGACAGUGUGGGGGGCGGCAGCACGGGCAGCUUGUGUAUGACUCAUGUAAGCUUUGUGAACAACAUGAACAAUAUGAACAACAGUCAUGGUGUUGGUGGAGGUGGUGGUAGUGGCUUCACAGAUAGUGAUUCUGGGGGUGGCACGGGCAAUCUGUGCUUGACACAUGUAGGUUUUGUGAACAAUAUGAACAACAGUCAUGGUGUUGGUGGGGGUGGUUCCCCAGAUAUUGGUGAUGGUGGGGAUGGAUUUCUGCCCUUCACGCCCUCUCCUACCCCUUCCCCUUCCCCUGCCCACCACCUCACCCCCCAGACUGCACGCACGUGGACCUACUGCCCCUCCCCAGAGCAGGGGUGUACUACGGGGCCUACGCCGCCGCCUCUGAGGGCUGCUACCACUGAGGUGGUGGAAGUGAAGGAUUUUGGGACGACGAUCUCGCCCGUGGACGUCAGGUCGCUGUUCUCCGUCGUCAGAACUAACAUAACGACCUCUGAACUCACACGGGUCUCGUGAUGCCAGGACGUUAGAGGAAGGAGGAUUAGACGUGCUUAGCUUAGCAAGCACACCACACACCGGGUUCGACACAUUGCAAAGCAUUAGUAGCUCUGCCGACAUUUGAUUUCAUUGUUUUCAGUACAACCUGGCACACUGGUAGCUUGUGUUGCCUGUUGAUUGAUUGAGGUCUGAGUCACUGUAGUGUCUCCUAUACUGUGCAUGCUGCAUACAGUGUGGCGCCACAGUCCGGGAAGCGAUCGAUAUUAUAGGAUUUGAAAGUGCUCUGCAAUGCUGGCGGAACCUACCGGUGUGCAGUGCACAGGCCUUUGGAGGAAGUUGAUACGGCUGAAAAAGCUCCUGCCAAGUCAGCGAACCUGCUGAUCAUAGGCGUGCACAGAUAGGGAUGAGGUGGUGCUAAAGCACAUGCCCCUUUGCCCUACUGAACAAAAAAUUCCCCUUUUUGAAUGUUUUGUAGAUUUUUUUUCACAAUUUACAGUGGUCCAUGUUGACAUGAUCAUCUAGAAAUACAGUACUUGACGAUUAAAAAUGUGUAAAUGCAAUAUAAUAUCCUAUAAAGCCGGAAGCUCCACGU